AUGGUCUCGUUUCACAGCACAAUUACCAUUAGGGCAGCUUUCACCCUCACACCAGCCCUUGAGCACGGGGCCUCGCCCACAGCAGACACCUCCCUCCGGGGGAUCGUGGCCGGCCGGGAGAGCAGACGGGGCCACGGCGGAGGAAAGAGGCAGGACAGGGCUCGAGGAGGGGCCCGGGGCGAGCGGGGCGGCAGCGUCCUCCGCGACUUGCUCAAGGCGCUGGAGGUACUGGAGCUGCUCUGCGUCAACUUGCUCCUCUCCCCGUGGCGGAAGGAGAUCAGGUCGCUGAAGACAUUCACCGGUAAUUUUGUCUACUAUAUUCAAUCUGUGCUGCCAGAUGACAUUGUGAAAACAGUACUGGAGAAAAUAGGUUACAUUGCAACAACAGCAACAGAGUUUUCACUUGUCAAAAAGAGAAACAAUGAGGAAACAAAGCAGACUGCAUUUGAAAUAUUCCUGGCAAGAAUUGAGUGUGAAACCAUUCUCGAAAUGACAAAUGAGGAAAAACAUGGCAAUUUGGAGAAGACCCUACAGAAGAGAACACAAAUGCACCGGCAUCAUGGAGAUAAGGACAAAGAGGAUCAGACACCCCAGAGAGAAGACGCUGAACAUCUAGAAAAUAAAGAAAACAGUGAGACAUCUUUGUGCCUUGCUACUCAACAGAAGUCUUCAAGUAAUAGCAAUAUAUCCUUUGAAGCUGCUGGGAAUCUGAAGAUCAAAGAUGACACGCCUCAGUUAGCAGUUACUCAAUCCACUAACAGGCUUCAGGAACAGCAAAGGCAAGUCAUUAACACCAUACAUUUUCCGGGCAAAUGCUCAGACAGCGAGGACUUCUUGAUCAAAUAUAGUGACAUUGUCAUAAGACAAACACCUAUUUUCAGUGAGAAUCUUUCUCCAAAAGCUUUUGAAAAAAAGCCAAGAGCCAGUCUAAGUGAAGAAUGUGUUUUGGCAAUCACUACAGAGUCAACUGCAAAUGAGAUAAGGCCUGUGCCACUCUCACCAGGAGCAAGCGGUCCGCCAGCCUUUGCAAUAUUUGCUGACAGCUCUUGUGACAGCAAAAACACUUUGGAGUACAAAGCUCAAGAAGUCCCCGAAGAAUCAAUUGAAGCAGAAAUUAAUGAUGCCAUAAAUUGCAUAGACCCAGACCCAGCAGAUGAACCCAAUGAGCUGAAGUCUCUGCCGUACAAGGACAUUGCAUCUGUCCAAAACUGCAGUGUCCCUAGGGAAGAGGAAGUUUGUGAGCUGUCUUUAACUUUCACAAAACUACAAAUCAAGGACACUCAGGAAGACCUUAUGUAUCCAGUAGAGGAAACUGGCCAACCUGAGUCAGUAUCAUAUGCAAGUACAAGUGACAGGCAUGUAAGAGAAUUUAAUCACUCCAAAAUAAAACAUACAUAUCUGACUAAUGCUCAGAUGCAGAACAGAGCAGCUGCGCAUAUUGAGCCAUCUUCAGAUCUAUGCUAUACUACUGGGAACAUGGAGGAUUCUACUACUGGUUCUGAUAGCAAGAGACUACUAAUGGAUACUCCUAAUGCACAUACAGCUUCUGAGUGCUUCAGGCACAUUAGAGAGCCCCCUAACCUCACCUACAUUCCACCACAAAGUAUUGAUGUUCGGUCUUCACACAUAAGAAGGACCAGCACACAGGGCAGAAGGAACCUAUUGCAGCCUGAACGUGACUCUCCUGAAUCCAGUGAAGUAAAGCUGGAGAACUAUAAUUCAAAAGUAAAUGAAAUCCAGGAGCCUUAUGUCAUUAUUGACAAAACCGACCAAGGAAUGUUAUGCCAUCACACUUGAUUCUACCAGUGCUUUAUUUGUAAUCUGCCUGGUUU